CAUAUAAACAGAUGCAAGCUUGAAAUUGUAGCUCUAAAGUUUCAGUCGAAUGGCGAAAUUGCUUGUUCUUUCCUCCCUCCUCUUCGGCCUGCUGCUCUUGGCAGCCGAUGCAUCUCGCAACACUCAGCCGGUUGACAAGGAGGGCACCAGUGAGAAUUACAAUGUCAUUUUCGAGGGACCUCGUGAAGGCAGCGAGGCUGGCCCUGGUCUCAACAACGUUGUCACCCAGGAGCUCCCUGGGACGCACGGCCUCCAAGAUACGUACUGCUGCCUGAGGAACGGCUUUGGAUGUGUUCAGGAGUGCGACUCCAACAUCAAAUACUACUGCUGCUUGAAGACUGGAUUCGGCAACUGCCUACAGCUCUGCGACUCGUCCAAGGAACAAUACUGCUGCAAAAGGAACGGCUUUGGGAUCUGCACUGGAUUGUGCCCCAAAACCGUGGACCUGAUGAUGUGAUCCGCGUUUGAUGAAAAGUGUAUGCAACAUCUGGAAUCAAAAGCUUAUAAUUGCUGAUA